ACGAAACGCGGAAGUAAAUUCAUCUAAGGACGCUGCUUAAAAUUUAAUGCGGAAUGAUUAUAUUUGUUGAGAACGAAACACCGUCCUCGACUUUUGUUACAUAUGGUAACCUGAACGACCGUUCUCGACUUAUUUCGAUGCCUGGACUAGGAAUUGCAUUCAGACCUGUAUAUAUCACUUGACUGUCAGCAGAACAGGAUUUGGCUAGAUGGCUACGGGUAGCUCUGUAUCAUGUAUAUCAGAAGACCUGACCUGUGCCGUGUGCCUGGAUCUGUUCACCAACCCGAGGGUGCUGAGGUGCAUGCACACGUACUGCCAUGAGUGCAUGGUCGGGCUGGUGCAGACCGGCAACCGGUCGCAGCAGUGGAAGAAACGCUGGACGUCGUUCAUAGUGUGUCCGGAGUGUCGCCAGAACACCAACCUAGACAACAGGGGUGUGUUGGGACUAGCCGUAAACUUCGCCUUGUCCAAAGUGGUUGAGACAUACAGAAAUGCCCAACAAGCUCCCAGGCCGAGUAACGUUCCGUGUUCUCUGUGCGAAGACACGUCCAAGUUCGCGGUGAAAACCUGUUUGGAUUGUCCGAAGAUAUCAUACUGCGAUGGCUGUCUGUCCUUGUUUCAUCCUCCACGGGGAGUUCUCAAGACUCACCGACUGGUGGCGCCAUCUGCCACGGACGAUCCGUCCAGUAAUAAUUCAAAGACAACCACAUGUAGGUGUUUAAGAAUGCAGAUAUCAUUAAUUUAUGCUAUGGUUCAUUUAAUAUAA